UGCGCUCGGACAUGGCGGCGGAUCUGUGCGCGGAGCGGCUGCGCUCGCUGCCGGCCAGCUGGAGCUACGGGAUCAGCCGCGGCGGCCGCAUCUUCUUCAUCAAUGAGGAAGCCAAGAGCACGACCUGGCUGCACCCGCUGACGGGCGAGGCUGUGAUCACCGGGCACCGCCGCAGCCCAGACCUACCAACCGGCUGGGAGGAAGCGUAUACUUUCGAAGGGGCAAGGUACUACAUAAAUCAUAAUGAACGAAAAGUGACCUGCAAGCAUCCCGUCACAGGGCAGCCGUCACAGGACAACUGCAUUUUUGUCGUGAAUGAACAGACAGCGGCCACGAUGUCGUCCGAAGAAAAGAAGGACCGGCCGGUAAACAUGAUCAGCGAAGCCGCGCACUACAAUUUGACGUCUGAUUAUUCUGCACACCCGAUGAGUCCUCUGGGCAGAACAUCCCGCUCUUCAAAGAAAGUGCAUAAUUUUGGGAAGAGGUCAAACUCCAUAAAGAGGAACCCCAACGCACCUGUCGUUAGACGAGGAUGGCUGUACAAGCAGGACAGCACCGGCAUGAAGCUUUGGAAGAAGCGGUGGUUUGUUCUUUCUGAUCUGUGCCUCUUCUACUAUCGGGAUGAAAAAGAAGAAGGGAUCUUGGGAAGCAUCCUUCUCCCCAGCUUCCAGGUAGCCAUGCUUUCUUCUGAGGACCACAUCAACCGCAAGUACGCCUUUAAGGCAGCUCAUCCAAACAUGAGGACCUAUUAUUUCUGCACAGAUACAGCGAAGGAAAUGGAGUUAUGGAUGAAAGCCAUGAUAGAUGCAGCGCUGGUACAGACAGAGCCCGUGAAAAGAGCAGACAAGAUAACCGCUGAAAACACACCGCCUCGUGAGGUGAAUAACAUUGCAAACCACCGAGUGCUAAUUAAACCAGAGGCACAGAAUAAUCAGCGUAACAAAGAAGUGAGCAAAAUGGAUGAUAAAAAGGCCUUGGAAGCCGAAAAAUACGGCUUCCAGAAAGUUGGGCGCGACAGACCCUUGACCAAAAUCAGCAGCGUGAAGCAGAAUUCCUUGGGGUCGGAGUACGGGACUUUGCCCAUCAGCACAGUCCCGUCAGGACACUACAGGCCAGUUCAUCUAAAUGGGUCAGAGAAAGCCGUCAACCUGGUUCUGUCAGACUCCGGAGACGGGCUCCAUCACAGCUCCAUUCACUCGCACAUAGAGUCUGAGCGCGUCAUACAGAGGACGAAUUCGAUGCUGCAGUUGGAACAGUGGAUUAAAAUACAGAGAGGAAAAGGUCAAGAGGAAGAAACGAGAGGUAUACUUUCGUACCAGACGUUACCAAGAAACAUGCCAAGCCAUCGAGCCCAAGUUCUACCUCGGUAUCCCGAAGGCUAUCGAACCCUCCCAAGGAACAGCAAAACCAGGCCUGAAAGCAUCUGCAGCGUGACACCGUCUGUUUAUGACAAGACCCUUGGGACCCUCCCCCCAGAAGACAAAAGGAGAUCCAUGCGGGACGACACCAUGUGGCAACUCUACGAGUGGCAGCAGCGGCAGUUUUACAAUAAGCAAACGACUCUUACGAGACAUGGUACUUUAAGCAGCCCCAAAACCAUGAUUAAUAUCUCUGAUCAAACGAUGCAUAUGAUUCCCACAUCACCUUCCCAUGGUUCAAUAGCAGGUUUCCAGGGAUACUCCCCGCAGCGGAACUACCGGUCCGAAGUGUCCUCGCCGGUGCAAAGAGGAGAUGUAACCAUUGACCGCAGGCAUAGGCCGCACCAUAACAAGCACGUCUUUGUGGCUGACAGAAGGUCGAUGCCAGCGGGUCUGAGUGUACAGCCCAUUAGUCCCCAGAGCUUGCAAGGCAAAACGCCAGAGGAGCUCACACUUCUGCUUAUAAAGCUGAGAAGGCAGCAAGCCGAACUGAGUAGUAUCCGGGAACACACAUUAGCACAGCUCAUGCAACUAAAACUUGAGGCCAGCAGCCCAAAGAAUGAGAUUCUUUCUCAUCACCUUCAGAGGAAUGCCAUAUAUUUGGACCACCAGAUGAAAGAGAAUGAACCUUUAAUCAUCAUGGUUCACACUAUGAUUGAGAACUCGGCGCUAAGACCACAACUGUACCAUCAAAUCGUGCUGGAUAUUGACGCGAAGCUGAGCCGAUUAUGCGAACAAGACAAAGUGGUGCAAGCCCUGGAAGAGAAGCUCCAGCAGCUGCACAAGGAAAAAUACACGCUUGAGCAAGCUUUGCUAUCAGCCAGUCAGGAGAUAGAAAUGAAUGCAGAAAACCCGGCCGCCAUACAGAAUGUCAUCUUGCAGCGGGAUGAUUUACAGAAUGGACUCCUUAGCACUUGUCGAGAAGUGUCUCGGGCGACCGCAGAGCUCGAGAGGGCUUGGCGGGAGUAUGACAAAUUAGAGUACGAUGUAACAGUCACAAAGAACCAUAUGCAGGAGCAACUGGAGCGGCUGGGGGAAGUUCAGACUGAGUCAGCCGGCAUCCAGCGCGCUCAAAUUCAGAAGGAGCUCUGGCGGAUUCAGGAUGUCAUGGAAGGUUUGAGUAAACAUAAGCAGCAGAGAAACAGCACCGCGGAGGCAGGUAUCGUUGCAUCAAAGGCUUUUUCAUCUAAGUAUAAAAAUGAGGGUCCAGAUUACAGACUUUAUAAAAGUGAGCCUGAACUAACAACUGUGGCUGAAGUCGAUGAAUCCAACGGGGAGGAAAAAGCAGAGCUGGUUUCUGAGUCAGAAACGUCUACAGCGAAAGGCUCACAUUUUCCGAUUGGAGUGGUGCCCCCCAGAACAAAGUCUCCAACUCCGGAAUCGUCAACCAUAGCCUCUUACGUGACUCUAAGGAAAACUAAGAAGAUAGACCUCAGAACGGAAAGGCCGAGAAGCGCAGUGGAACAGCUGUGCUUGGCAGAAAGUGUGCGCCCUCGGAUGACUGUAGAGGAGCAGAUGGAAAGAAUAAGGAGGCACCAACAGGCUUGUCUGAGAGAGAAGAAAAAGGGGCUGAACCUCCUUGGUGUCUCAGAUCUGUCCCCUUCACAAAGCCCGGCCCUUGUCAGAGAGAAUCCUCUAAAGCUGUCUCAGAACCAGAGGAAGGACGACUUCAUGAGGGUGACCAAGGAACUGGAGAAUGCCCUUAAAGUGAACGACUUGAGCCCAAGCCAUCAAAAUUGUGCAGACACACCUUGGCUGAAAGACGAUGAUCGUGCCGAGGAGCAUAAUACUACACAGUUACCAAAAAGCGAUGGUCUCCUAUCAUCAGACGGGUCUUCUGUGUCAAAGGAGGAGAAUCCAAAUGAGGCUGCAGAAAAACCAAAAGAACUAGAACAGAUGCACGACUAUGAGAUCAGCCCAAAGGAUGAGGCCCCUGUUGCAAACCACAAACCUGAGAGCAGCACCGAAGAGAGCGAAGAAACCAGCCUUCACGAGCAGGAAGAUCCUCUUUCUUCCUUUGAGAUGCCAGCUCAGACUUCAAGAGGAAACUCCGCAGCAGCAGCUGUCCCAGCUUCUGCUGAAACAAUUCAUGGCUGACGUACCAAUGGACCCGUGGAAAUGAAGAGAAGACGUUGUACAGUCAAUUUUAUGAAAUCUAUGAAAUUCAUAGUUCUGAUGCUUUUGGCCACAGAGCAUCGUUUUAUCACUUCAUGGAAAAUGUUUAUUCCAAGAGAGCUUUAAAAUGCCCCCCAAUGGUACCGUCAACAAUUUGUCCUUCUGAUGCCAGCUGCUGCUAUAAUUUCCAUCCACAUCAUUCUGGAUCCCCUUCUUUUCUUUUUUUUUUUAACAUGCAGCCUCCAAUCAGAACUUUUGCAGGUGGGUUUUCCUCCCCUUGCAGUUCAAGGUUUUUAAAAAAAUAAAUAAAUCGGGAAUUCGAUUACGUUGGAAUUCUCGCUUCCUUUUUUAGCCUUUGUUUAUCGAUUGCUUUUACAGAUCACCACUCAAAACCUCAUUUUAUUGCUUUUUAAAAAAUGGAUCGUGUAUCGUUUUCACUCUUUUCUUUAUUUGUAAAUGUUUUGUUCUCUAUUUAAGAACGUGCCAUUUUUAUUAAUGCCGAGUUAAAAGGUGUGCCCCCCCCCUUCUGCUGUGUAAUUAUUUCUCGGUCAAGUUGCAAUGUCCGUUCCUGCCAUACUAUCCUCCACCUAGACAUGGAUGUUAGUGUUUCCUUUCUCUCCCCCCCCCCAAGAAAAGAACGAAGGGUAGGGAUUUCGAGGUACUGGGCUCUUCCUCUGUUGGAGUAGGGUGUGUACAGCAAUAAGCAAAGUUAUUCAGUCCCCAAUUAGUUUGUGUACAAAUGUAAUUAUGUUCAUUGUGUAUAUAUUAUACAAUGAGCACAA